AUGAGGCCCGGUGCCGGGGCGCCUGCGCGCUGGGCGGGGCUGGGGUCGCGUGGACUCACUCGUGACGCAACGCCCGGCCUCGCCCACUACCGCUGGCGGCGUGGGUGGCAGGUGCUUGCAGAGGUUGCAAGCGGACGCGGUACAGGGACCCGACGCGAUGGAGCGGGGUGCAGCGGCGGCGGCGGUGGCGGGGCCGGGAGGCGCCCGGGAGUUGCGAGACCGGGGUGUGGCGGCCAGGGCUCCGGGGCCGAACCACCUGGAGCGACUCCCGGCCGGGCCCAACGGGGUUCCGAAGCACUCCUACUGGCUGGACCUCUGGCUGUUCAUCCUCCUGGACGUGAUGCUGUUCGUGUUCUUCUAUCUCCUGCCCUGACUGGCUUGCUGAUUCAUCAAGACAUUUCAAGAAGUCUAGUGAAUUCUGAAAACGUGUUGCAUGAAGAAGAAGGAUUUCAUUGCAGCAAGAUUUCACACUCUGAUGGACCUUGUAUGCAUUCUGUUCACUCAUUUGGAAAACCGUCAAAUGAGUAGUGACAAGACUUUUUCACAGCUACCUUCUUAAAAUUAGACCCAUUGGUUCAUGUUUUAAAAACUUUAAAUAUCUGAUGUCUUUCUAAGGCACUAGGUUUAAAAAUAUUUGUACUUAAAAGUUUAGUAUAUUCAUUAAAAAAUGCAGUCAUGUCUUUCCUUUAACUUUUUAAAGGUUGAUCAGCGCUUACUGUGGAGUAAAUAAUAUGACGUAUAAUGGACCGAGGUGUUGAAAUAUUUAAAAGUAAAUUGCAAUAGAAAACAAUAGAAGUAUUUUGGAGAUAACCCAGUAUUUGUAGGUUGCCUAGAAAUUUAUGUAUAACCUCUAGCUAUCUAGCUAUACCUAAAUAACACAAAGGCUAACUGAAAAUAGAAGCCACCCUGUGUUGGCUGUAUGAUCUCUGACAUUGAGACUAAAACAAUCAUGGUGACAGUGAGAUAUAGUCAUUGAGAAAGUAAGAAGAUACACAGUAGUGGAAAGCCAUGGAGCAUAUCCUUGUACUGCACUCCUCUUCCUUUAAACUUCCUAAAAUAGCAUCGAGUGUUUCUAGCCCAUUUUUAACCUUAAAAAAUUUUUUUCCUGGACCCUGAAUUCAGGGUCUAGGUGCUAUCCCUGAGUUGCUUUUGCUCAAAGCUAGUGCUCUGCCACUUAAGCCACACUUCCACUUCUGUUUUUAAGUAGUUUAUUGGAGAUACGAGUCUCCUUAACUUUUCUGCCAGGAGUUGGCUUUGAAGCUCAGUCCCCAGAUCUCAGCCUCCAGAGUAGCUAGGAUUAUAAGUGAGAGUCACCUGGGCCCGGUCUUUAUUUGUAUCUUAAGUAUGCUUCUAGCCAAAAUAAUUAUACAAUACCUGUAACACAGAUCAUUUAGCAAAGUAUGUGCUGUGUACUCAUUCGGCUGAUAGGGGAUCUGUCAUUUCUGUCCAGGCAUUUUGGACAUAGUACUAACCAAACAAAAAUCCCUGCCUUCAUGAAGUUUACUUUCCCAUUAGCUAUUUUCUUUUUACAAUUGUGAAUUCACAUUCCUGGAUAGUCAGCUCACAUUUAAUCAGGGCCACACUCCCAGAGAGGCUUCCAUAAGCACUUUGGAAGUUAUUUGUAUUGGUCCUGAAGAUUUUAUAUAGUGGCUUUUGUAGUUGAAAUCAGUGUUUAAUAUGUGUGAACUAUAAGUGAAUAUUUAGGAGAUAUUCCCUUGUUAUCAAGGCAUAAGAUCCAGUGAACUGUAUAUCCCAUACCUGUCAGAAUGGCUCUUAGGGCUAGAAUCAGGUCUGAAAUUUAUUUUGGAGAUGUUUUUUUCUUUUGUGGCGCUUAGAUUUGAACCCGGGCUUGUUAGGCCAGUUCUCCACUAUGUAACCUUAUACCAAGGCCUUUUGGUUUUGCCUGGGCCAGCAUCAAACCUUGAUUCUCUUCUCUUUUACCCAGCUACCUGGGAUCAUAAACAUAUACCACCACCUUGUCUUACUUGAGAUAAGGUCUGUAAGUAACUUUGCUUGGGCUGUCCUUGAAUCCAGAGCUUCCUGCUUGUAUCUUCUGAGUGGCUAGAAUUACAGAUAUGUAUCUCUACUGUAUCUGGCCCUAUUUUGAAGGAUUAUAAUUGGCUUACUGACUAUAAGCUUAAUAAUUAUGUCUUCAUAGUGUUGUUGCAUUUGUCAAGAGAACCUUUUGUGGAAAUUGUGGCUGAAGACUCUAGAGCAACCUGAGCUGGGGUUCUCUGUGGCCUGUUUUGUACUGUUUGCCUGUCAUUCCUUCUAAUAAACUUUGGACUAUGUGCA